AUGAAGCCGGAGGUAAAAAAUGAACGAAGCUGGAAGGAAGUCAUCAACGCCAGACGCUACUCCUGUGAGAAGCUCAGCUGCUUAGCCAACCUCGCUGCACGGCUAGGUCUCCAGGAUGACUUUGAGUUCCACCCACCCAACCUCCUGCUUUUCUACAAUCUGAGCCAGGUGAGGGAAACCAACUGCCGGGCCUUCAUUCACCACGCUGCCCAAGGAGACACAGAACUGUUGGCCAACCUGCCCAACCAGAGAGUCGCCCUACAGCACACAGCCUUGGCCUGCCUGGUAGGUGCCUCAGGUGGGGAUAGGAUUGAACAGGGAGGCACAGUCAGUCACCUGUUGAGCACUGACCUACUGUCCCUGCAGGGGACACCCAACCUACAGCUCAGUGCGUCAAACCUGGGGCUUCUCGGGGUCCUGGUAUGUGACAUGGAGGCACCACAAAUCGUGACUGCAGACCCCUGCGUGCUGAAGAACCUGCUUCGCUGCCCAAGGCUAACUGUCAUGCAGACAGCUGCCCUCAACACCCUGCUGGCCAGUGGGAAGACACAAAUUGGGCCUCCUGGCUCCUGGAACCUGGAGGGGCUACAGACCCUUGGACCUCUGGCCACCUACAUCAGCCCCCACCUAUGGGAGAAGGUGCAGGAGGCUGUGGGCUUGGAUUUCUUCCGCAGCGUGGUGGCUGCUUGCCGGGCAGGCCAGCUGAACAGGCGUGAUGCCAGACGCUUCAUCACCAACUUCCUAGAGUCCAAGCCCAGUUUGGCAUCCGCAAGGCCCAAGCGUCACACAGGGAGAUCCUGUGUCCGUGGCAACAUCACAGCCGCCACCCUGCACGAUGACCUCUUCCUAGUGCAUUACGACUGCACCCAGCUGGAGUCCUGCCUGGGCACACGUGUGCUCAGGGCCAACCUGGAUCCCUUGCUCCAACACCCCCUGCCUGAGGAGUGCCAGCGUGUCGUCAAAGCCAAGCUCACUCAGAUCUACCCACGCGGCAUCCCCGAGGACCAGCUGCAUCUCAUCUCCUCGCUGGUCUACCUCUACUCCCUCGCUGAAAUAAGCCAGUGGAACAUCACAUCCGGAGACACAGUGAUGGUCCUGCUGGCCUCAGAUGCAGCUCUGGACAACCAGACAGAGGCAGUUCUCCAGAGGUUCUUGGACCACAACGGCAAGGUCACUGGCGCUCUUCUGGUGGCCAUCGGGGGCUCCCGUCUCUGCUGGAUGAGCCUCAAGCAGAUCCAGAUCAUCCAGCCCUCAGAGUUCCGGCUGGCCGGGGCUCCAGACAUCUCUCUCUGCCCUCAGAGUCGGAAGGAUGUACUCUUCACCAAGGCUCAUGAGGUCUUUGGGAACACCAGCAGCGUGGGCGAAUACUACUACUUAAUACGCCCCUACCUUGGUGGUGCCCCCUUGGAGGAACUUCAAUACCUGGCCCAGGCCAACAUAUCCAUGGACAUUGAUACGUUCACCAACCUUAACCCCCUCAUGUUGAAGAACAUGGGUGUGGACAACGUGAGAAGUCUGCUGGGUGAGAAUGUGGGGGACCUGCAGAAGGCCCGCAACCAUCCAAGUGUCAUCUUGUGGAUGCACAGCCACAACAUGUCAGACCUGUCGGAGAUGGGCCUAGACGCCAGCCCCACACUGGCCUACAACAGGCCCCCCAACACUGCCUACCCACCAUCCAAUUUGGACCAUACCUUGGAUAUGCCAGGCAAUGAUGGUGUCGCCCCUGCCUCAGGAAGCCCUCCAGUUCAUCUGGGGUACCUGUCCCUUGCUGUGGCUCUGCCUUCCAGUCUCCUGUGGCUGCUACUGUGUCAGGCACCUUCAGGACCAAUGGGCACUGCUCACAGUACACUAGGACCUUGGCCAUUGCCAAUGGCUCUGAUCCAAGGCACAGCCCCUGAGCAUCAGAUUCAGGACAAAUGGAGCUGCUAG